AUGCUACCCACCGCUGCGAGCUUUGUCCCUUCGACUCGCACCGCCGCAUCGUCAACCAGCUUCGACCACGCUCUGGGCUCCACUCACCACCGCAACGGCAGCAGCAACGGGCUCUUUGGCGACUCGUCCCUGCUGUCGUCGUCUUCGGCGUCGUCCUCGCCCUCAUCCUCGUCGCGCCUCGACUCGCUUAGCUCCUCUCCCGUAAACCAAUUCCACCACGGCGCGAAUACGAACGGCAGCGGUCACUUUGACCAAGGCGUACGUCCCUACUACCCCUCGACGGACUACAAUCACUCGCUUAUAGACUCCUUGGGCCUCUCCGUCGAUUCGAUGCCACGCACUUCCUCACCGCAGCGCGACCCGUCCGUCACCCCCACCUCGUCGGCCUUCAGCGCAUCGUCGGCGACCGGACCCAUGUGGGACGCCGCUCCUUCCUCGACGGGUCCAUCAAGGCCGACACCGAUCGGUUCGGGGCGUUCGACCGCCGCCGUGUCAGGAUCCAACCAUGCGGGUCCACUUUCAUCGAGCGUCGGAGCGAUCGGUGAUCGUCGUCGACUCGUCAGUGGCACCAUCGCCACCCCCGAAAAGAGGAUGGUAGACGCCAUCAACGGUCUCGCAGGCGUUUUCGACAUCAACCGCUCCUCAGGCGCAACUUCGCCCCUGCAAGGUCUUGGUUCAGGCAGUCGGGCACUCACACCUUCGCCUUCCGACGGCGACGCGUCGCUUUCGUUGCGGCCAGGUUCGAGUUCAGGGGCGGUUGGAAGUGCACCCAAGAGCCGACCUUCGUCGUUCAUACUCGGUGUGCUACCUUCAAGAACCGAUGAUCGUAACCGUUCGGCGUCCGAACGCUCCAACUCGUCCCCGCUGGCCUCGCCAGCUCAUGAAAAACUGAGCUUUGACCUCGACUUUUCCAACUCGUCUAUCGUGCUGGGCAGCUCGCCUUCAACGUCGAGUACGUCGCUCAUCGCGCCGGGUGCAGUUGAAGCGACGCCUCGAGCCCCGACACCCGUGCGAAGCCCUUCACCGGGCGUGCGUCGCAGACCCCUGUUCGGUGGCGGUGGGGACGAGCAGCAACAGACCGUCGAGGCGCGUGUACACUCGCUCGAGGCGACCGUCUACGAUUUGGCCUCGUUCGUUCAUGGCGAGAUGCGAUCUAUGCGAGACGAGAUCAACUCCCUUCGCACCCUCGUGCAACAGCUGGCCAACUCGGCCGGCGGUGGUGGCAACUCGGGCCUCUACAUGAACUCGCUCCCUCGAGCUGGGGGUCCAGGUCAACACCUUGGGCUUUCGAGAACCAAAGACCUGUUCGAAUCGCCACUCUUGACCGUGCGAUCACCCUCCCCUCCUCUACAGCCCGCGCCAGGCUCACGACCCGGUCUCGUUCGUUCGGCGUCGGGCUCGAUUCUCGAAGGCCUUGGUGGAGGCUUUGCGCCAGGAGCUUCGUCGCCUGCUCUUUCGUCGUCGGGCAAGUUCGGCUCUUCCGAACAGGACGGAAUGGCGGACAAGGACGAGCAGAUCGCCGCUCUGUCACAGCAGGUCAGCGCCUUGGCUUCGUCGGUUGCACACCUCAUGAGCUCGGCCGCUGCUCCUCAAGGUUCUCCGAUGCUCGGUCCCGGUGGAAUCGGAUCCCCGGUCAUCAAUCGAGGUGGGCAUCAGACAGGUCCGACGGGCCUUGGUGUAUCGCUGUCGAACAGUUCUGCUGCCGUCGGGCGAUCACCGCUCAUGAGACCCCUAGGCGCCAACGGUGCUCCACAAUCAGGGUUGAACCGCACCUCGUCCUUGAGCAAGUCCUUUGUUGGAUCGAGAUCACCCAGCCGACCCAACACGGCACCUGGAAGUGACUUUGGCGAAUGGGACUCGCCCGUGAUUGGUGGGCAGAGUCCUAUGCUCGGCGGUUCGAAUGGGAAUGCUCCUCCGCCCGGUAGCCUGGGGAGCAAGUGGGAUGCUCUCGGCGUUGGGAACGAGUUGUUCCGAGCGAUUGCCAAGUAUGGGUGAGUUCUCGCUGUUGAGAAAGCAACAGAACAUUGUGCGCUGGAUUGCUCAUCGCUCCCCGGUCUUUUCGUGCUCACAGCCUGGGACCGCCGACCAAGAUCCAGGCCAAGGCCAUCCCUUGUGUGCUUCACAGUCAAGACAUCGUGGCGCAGGCCCCGGCGAUCCAAGAGCGCAUCCAAUGCUACGUCAUCCCGGCCUUGCAGCUGCUACAUUCGCUUUCGGGGUCGGCAGGCGCUUCGCCAGCUCCGUCCGUUCAAGUCAUUAUCAUCACCGCGACGGUCGAUCAGGCCGCCCAGGCGCAGCGUCUCGCCGUUGGCCUCGGUGCGACGCUUGGCAUUCGCACGAGCCUUUACGUCGGACAACCGACUGGUGACUUGACCAAGGAGGCACUCGAAUGGCAGAACGCACCGACCCAGGUCAUCGUCGGCACGCCGCAACGCUUGCACGAUCUCCUCGCGACACGCCUCAUCCCCUUGCACGACCUGAGGUUGCUCAUCAUCGACGAGUGCGACCAGUUAAUCGCGAGGAAUCUGUCGGAGCAUGUGACCAACGUCGUUCGAUUCCUUCCCCCGCCCCUCACUUCGAAUGGUGCCAACUCGGCGAACAAGAGCUCGGGUGGUGGUCCCCCGUCGCCCGUCAUGGCCCGAUCUCCUUUGCUCGGUCCUUCCCCUUCCGGCCUGUCAUCUCUCCCGCAUGCCUUCUCUUCCAAUUCUUCGGCGGCUUCCCCGUGGUCACAUCCACCGACAUCUCCUACCCCUUCGGCCGGCGUUGAUCGUCAGACCGCGAUCUACAGCUGCACAGUCCCUCAAGACGUGCUCAAUUUUGCCUCUUCAUUGCAACUGCGCGAACCGGUCCGCGUUCUUGUUCGUCGAGAAGGUGCGGGAGGUGGAGAUCGUGGCGAGACGACUCUUGGCGGUGCACUCAGUCCGAACCCGAAUGGUCUUGCGCCGUCGCCAUCGCCGAAUUCGGUGCCUCAUCAGAAUCAGAACAUCAACGCUGUCAAUGGUUCGGGCUUGCCUCCGGGUGUCAACCCUGCUCCGCCCAUGGCCAAUUUGCGUGGUCUGCGUCAGUUCUUCUUCUACGUCGCGGCUGGUGGUCCCAACUCCUCGGGCAAUGGGACCCGCCGAGACAGCUCGACGGCGAACAACUCGUCGCGUCAUUGGAAGCUCGAGGCAUUGUGCGACGUCGUCGACGACAGUGGCGUCGACGCCCUCGUCAUCUUCACUUCAUCGAUGGAGAGCGUCGAGGCCGUAACGUACAAGCUUGGGUCGCGGGGGAUCGAAACGAUCGCUUUGCACCAAGAGAUGGGUCAGCCGAUGCGUCAGAGCGCGCUCGCUCGUUUCCGUGCCCCGCUUAACCACAACAAUGGAAAUGGAGCUGGAUCGACACCCCGCCUCGGCGUACCCAAUGGUACGAGCUCCAAGAGGUGCUUGGUCGUAUUCGACCCGUUGUGUCGCCCUCUGACCGAAGCCCUUCAAGUCCCUCUGGUGAUCAACUUUGAUCUCCCUCGAGCGGUUGAGGACUACGCCCAACGCGUCUCGGCAGGUCCCAACUCUCCCUUCGGUCGCCCCGGCACGACCAUCAACUUUGUCGCGCCGGGCUCAGACGCCGACAUGCUUCGAGCCAUCGAGUCACAUUACCGCUGUAAGAUCGCCGAGCUCCCCACGUUUGGGUUCUGA